ACCGCAUCUGCGACCGCCGGCAGGACUGCGCCGACGGCAGCGACGAGAUGCACUGCGAGGUGUGUACCCACGUGUAUAGCCGACGAGACGCCCUGCGACGACAACCGCGGCUGCGUGCGCUCCGACCGCAUCUGCGACCGCCGGCAGGACUGCGCCGACGGCAGCGACGAGAUGCACUGCGAGGGCCGGUCAGACGUCACAAAAUGCCCCCAGGGCUAUACGCUCUGCGGCGACGGCAUGCUCUGCAUAUCGGAGGUGUCGCUGUGCAACGGCCACCAGGACUGCUACGAUGGUAGUGAUGAGAGCAACUGCACCAGCGAAGCUCCUGGGCACGGUAUCCAGAUCCUUGGUAUCGGCGUGGAUCAGCCAUCCAUAAACGCCAGCAGCUUCCUCAUAUCCUUCUGGAUGUCCCAGCAAAAGAUGUUCAUCUACAGCUUCCUGCCCUCCAUAUCGAAGGUGUCGGACGGCGUGUGGACUAACAUGACGUGGAUCCACGAGAGCACUUUCAGAUUUACCGGUCUGGAGCCGUACACGCAAUACAACGUGACCUUCUACAUCCAGGACACCAGAACGAAUAAAACUUAUCCGUCCUUAAAGUUUGUCAAUACUACCACUGGCGAAGGACAACCCUCACCACCCUUAAAAGUGAGCGUGGCCCAGCUGACCGGCAGCCGCAUCCUGGUGGAGUGGGACCCGCCGGCCGCGCCCGCGGGCCGGCUGCGGCACUACACGCUGUCCUACAGCCCGCCGGUGCCGCCCAUGGACAAGAAGACCAAGGGCGACGACACCAACAUGACCAUCAAUGGUUAUUUCAGGCCGAACAUGAAUUAUUCUUUCUGGAUAACAGCCACCAACGGCGCCUACACCUCCGAGCCGUCCCCCGUAAUGACGAUCACUUUCGACGACGUUGGCGAUGUCGACGAUCUUAACCACAUCGGCGUUACCCGCAUCAACGAAAGCACAGCCCUGCUAACUUGGGACAAGAUCAAAGGAAUUGAAGGCUUUAAGUUGGUCGUGCGUCCGCCUGCGCCGAGCUAUGUGCCUUGGGACCCUAUUAUUACUAAUGCGACUAAUGUCACAUUAACAAACCUCCCAACCGGCGUCCACAUCGACGUGGACAUAAUGGCGUACAAAGGCUCCAUCACCGGCCACCCUCUCACCAUCUUCCUCAAGCCCGAAGGCAUCGUCGAUGACGUCAUCAACAGUACCGCGUACCUUAUCAAGGAGAAACGGACAUCAGUCAAGUUGGAGUGGUCGCCUCCGACUACUGACAGAUAUAAGGGGAAGGAGUUGGAAUACGCGGUGUAUUACAAUGAUGUGAUGCAUACUAGGAUUCCCGGGAAAGAGACUAAGAUCUCGACCAAGCAGACGAGCAUGCAGAUCGACGAUCUGCACGCGUGCGAGAGUUACAUAUUCGCCGUAACGCUCGCUAACGGACCCAUCGCCAAGAUACACGAGAUCAUGACCCGCGAGAAUGCCAAGGCCCCGAUAAAAAAUCUUCACGUAGUAUUCAACGCCAACAAGACUAAAAUGGAAAUCUUAUGGAAAGCAAACUGUGACGUCAUAAACGAGGCAGUGGCCUACAGACUGGAUAUAACGGAGCUGACCCGCAACAAAGUCAGCCGCUACGAGCUCAAGCCAACUACGAACGUGUCGCUGUCUCACUCUAUCGAGAACGUGGCCAUUGGCGGGCGGUAUAACAUCUGCAUAUCUGCCAACGUGCCGUCAGCGGCCGUGACGUGUAAACACGUCCUCGGACAACAAUUGCCCGCGCCGGCCGCCGUGGUGGCGUGGCUCGCGCCCAACGGACACCUCAUGGUCAACUGGGACAACCGGCAAGAGGACGGCGACCACAAAUACAACUACGAAAUCAUAGUCUCCGAAACGGAAAUCCCCGAGGACCUGCUACACCCGACCGGCUCAAUGCGGACGGAGAUCGCUUCACACUCGCCUCGCCUCAUCACCGUGCCCGUCGCCCGCGGCCCGCUGUACUGCGCCGUGCGAGUCGUGUCCGAGGACGGGUACUACAGCGACAUCAGUGAAGUCCACACUUUGGAGAUGUUAGGAUCGGCGGAACCGGAGGCGGCGGCGACGUCGGCGCUGUGGUGGGGCGGCGGCGCGGCGCUGCUGGGCGCGGCGCUGCUGGGCGGCGCGCUGCUGCACGUGCUGCUGCGCAACCGUCGCCUCGCGCGCUCGCUGCUGCGCUUCAGCUACGACAGCCGGCGCGGACAGGCCACCAUCGGCGACCACGGUACGACCCACCAUCCAUCCUAAUAUUACUACGCGCUGCUGGGCGGCGCGCUGCUGCACGUGCUGCUGCGCAACCGUCGCCUCGCGCGCUCGCUGCUGCGCUUCAGCUACGACAGCCGGCGCGGACAGGCCACCAUCGGCGACCACGGUACGACCCACCAUCCAUC